AUGGUUAAGAUUGAGGACCAUGAGUAUUUGUGUACGGAGGAGAAGCGGUUGCGUCAGGAUUCCCAGAGGGAGAAGUACUGGAAGAAAUGGGGUCCUUACGUAGCGGAGCGUCAAUGGGCUACUGUGCGAGAGGAUUACAGCGCCGAUGGUGAUGCUUGGAGUCAUUUCCCUCACGAACACGCGCGCUCGAGGGCUUUCAGAUGGGGUGAGGAUGGUAUUGCGGGGGUUUCGGAUACACAUGGGCUGCAGAAUAUUGCUUUUGCGUUCUGGAAUGAGGAAGAUGAUUUUCUCAAGGAACGACUCUUUGGUCUUUCGAACCCACAGGGAAACCAUGGAGAGAGUAUCAAGGAGGCCCAUUUCCAUUUGGACAAUGUUCCUACGCAUUCGUACAUGAAAAUGCUCUACAAGUACCCACAGAAGAAAUUCCCUUACGAGGACCUUAUUGCAGAAAAUGCCAGGCGUGGAAAACAGGAUCGUGAGUACCAGAUUACCGACACAACUGCUUUCGACGAGGAUAGAUACUGGGAUAUUGUCAUCGAGACCGCGAAAGAGGCAGAUGACCCUGAUGAGCUCCUCUUCCGAGUUACAGCUUGGAAUCGAGGUCCAGAGCCAGCACCAUUACAUAUCAUUCCACACGUUUGGUUCAGAAACACAUGGUCAUGGGGAUAUGAAGCUGAGGAUCAGAAACCCAACAUCCGCGAGGUGGACAAGCUGGCUGCCAUCAGCAAACAUCCCAAGUUAGGCGAGAGAUACUUUCAAUUAUCCCCAUCACCUGGCGUCGGGCCAAGCGGUACGGAUGUUCAGCCAGAACUCCUUUUCACGGAAAACGACACCAACUUCGAGGUUCUCUACGAUGGAAAGAAUGACCAGCCAUACGUCAAGGACGCUUUCCACAGACAUAUUGUGGAUCGUGAGAAGAAAGCAGUCAACCCAAAAAAGACAGGAACUAAGUCUGCAGCUUGGUAUACGUUCAAUGAGGGUGGUGGUGUCGCUCCAGGAGAAUGUGCCGUCGUUCGAUUCAGAAUAUCAAAGAAAUACGAGGAAUAUAUGGAUGAAGAGAUUUUUGACGAUGUCAUGGACAAGCGAAAGGAGGAGGCAGACGAGUUCUACUACCGAAUUAGCCCUCUGCCAAUGGCUGAGGAUCUACGAAAUAUCCAAAGACAAGCUUUUGCGGGCAUGAUGUGGACCAAGCAAUAUUACCAUUUUAUCUGGACUCAGUGGGCGAAUGGCGAUCCAGCACAACCACCUCCCCCACCGGAUCGAAAAGCUAUACGAAACAACCAAUGGAAGCAUAUGCACUUGGAUGAUAUUUUAUCUAUGCCAGAUUCGUGGGAAUAUCCUUUCUUCGCAGCAUGGGAUUCUGCUUUCCACUGCAUACCACUUGCAAUGAUUGAUCCAGAUUUCGCAAAGAAGCAGCUUGAUCUUUUCACGAGAGAAUGGUAUAUGCAUCCAAAUGGUCAGCUUCCAGCAUACGAGUGGAACUUUGGAGACGUCAAUCCACCCGUGCACGCAUGGGCUACUUUCAGAACUUUUAAAAUUGAGCGAAAAAUGUACGGUCGACAGGAUUUAGAUUUCUUGGAGCGGGUGUUUCAAAAGUUGCUUCUGAACUUCACCUGGUGGGUUAAUCGCAAGGAUUACGAUGGCAAGAACGUUUUCGAGGGUGGUUUCUUGGGACUGGAUAAUAUUGGUCUUUUCAACCGAUCGGAACCAUUACCUACAGGCGGUGUUUUGGAACAAGCCGACAGUACGGGAUGGAUGGCGUUUUACUGCUUAUGCAUGUUGAAUAUUGCAUUGGAAUUGGCCAAGCAUCGCCGGAUUUACGAGGAUAUUGCUUCGAAAUUUUUCGAGCACUUCAUUCUUAUCUCUGAUGCCAUGACUUUCAAGGCUGGAAACAAGGAGGAGAAGUCGUUGUGGAAUGAUGAAGAUGGUUUCUAUUACGACGCCAUCUCUUACGGUGGACCAUGGACUCAGCAGCUCCCGAUCCGAUCCCUGGUUGGGUUGAUUCCUCUCUACGCCACUCUGACUCUGGAGCCAGAGCUCGUUAACAAGCUUCCCAACUUCAAGAAGCGAGUUGAAUGGUUUAUCGAGAACCGAACAGACGUCGCAGAGCGAAACAUGGCGAGCAUUCAGAAGAGAGGAAAGGACAAUCGGAUUUUGUUGUCGCUUGUAAGCAAAGAUCGUUUGGAGAAGAUUAUGAAGCGAAUGCUCGACGAAGAUGAAUUCUUGAGUGAUCACGGUAUUCGAUCUAUGUCAAAGUACCACAAAGAUCAUCCUUAUUCUAUGGAUGUUAACGGCCAGGAAUUCAAGGUCAGCUAUGUUCCUGGAGAUUCAGACAGUGGUCUUUUUGGAGGCAACAGUAACUGGAGAGGACCUAUCUGGCUUGCAGUCAACUUCCUUCUCGUCGAGUCGCUUCAGCGGUUCUACAUGUUCUACGGUCCUAAUCUACAAGUCGAAUGCCCUACUGGAUCUGGAGAUUUCAUGCAUCUAGGACAUGUUUCAGAAGAAAUCCAACAUCGUCUUCAGCAUCUUUUUGCUCGUGGAGACGAUGGAAGACGUGCUAUCAAUGAUGGCAAUGACAUGUUGGACUUUGAUCCUAACUGGAAAGAUCACAUGUGGUUCCACGAGUUCUUUGAUGGUGAUACUGGCCGUGGACUUGGUGCAACCCAUCAGUGCGGUUGGACCGGUCUCAUUGCCAGGAUGAUCCACGAUACUGGAUUAUCCUGCCGUCUCCCACAAACACCCCGAACCCCAUCUACCGGAAUGAACCACUACUUCGACGACAUCUUCACCCGCCACGUCAACGGCCAAACUAGCACCAGCACCAAACCAAAGAUGCGUCGUUCCUCCACCGCUCGGUCUCUAGCCGCUCGCUCUGACUUUGACGGUGACGAAGGAGACGCGAGAUCCAUUGGUAACUCGGUCGCUACCGAGACAGAGGAUCGGUUGAGAGAGAGACGCGAGGCGGAUGCGCAUACAGCUCAUUAUGUUAGUGAGCAGUUGACUAGAGUGAGGAGUCAUGCGAGUGUAGAAUUCGAGGGCGCAGACGAGUUUGAGGCGCAGUUGGAUGGUGCGUAG